AUGUUCUUCCUUUGGGCCUGCCACGUAAAAAAGACGAAGAAGAGGAGAAAUUGGAGGUCGGAGGAUUACAACAGCGGGAAAUGGAAUUUGAUGGACAGAAAUUCGCUGAAGUUAUCGCGCGAACUGAAUGAUUGUCACUGGGUGCCUGAGCUCAGAGGUAGAAAACCAGUCUUGAUAUCUCAAAUUGAUGCUAAUGUGAUCAAGGUUAAAGACCUAAUGUGUGGUGGAGGAAAAAUGUGGGAUGACAGGUUAAUCAGAGCCUUAUUCAGACAGGAUGAUGCUGAAGAGAUUUUGAAGAAAAAGGGCUUAAAACCCUUGACUGAUGAUGUGUGGAGUUGUUCCUUUUCUAAGAAGGGAAUUUUCAGUGUCAAAGCAGUGUACCCUAUGCUUCUUAAAUAA